AAUUCAAGCUCCAGUUCUUGGUCAGCAGCAUUUCGCUGUCCUCUAUACUAUCAUCGCAGUCGCGCUUUGCUCCUGCGCACAGAAACAUUCACCAACCAGCUCAUCUUCGCCAUUCCGGGCUCGCGAUCUGCUGCGCCCACGCCAAGAACGCGUAAGCAACUCUUACUCGACCGACAAUUAUAACAAACGUCGAUUAUUUCGGAGCCCCGCUCUUGUUCCAUGUGCUGAACCAUCGACCAUGGCGACCUUUGCCGAGUACCCUGCACACAUGAUGGCUUCCAACGACUUCACCCUAUACCCCGAACCAGAGAGUUGGACUCAGGAACAGUCGUAUCUACCUACAGCAUCCUAUGCCGAACGAUCCUACCUGAAUGCGACAGCUUUCGAGCACUUCCAGUCACAUCCUAGCUUUGCCUCUUACAACCAGUUCGAUUACGAGCGACAAGCCGCGCAAACUAAAUCCCAAUACUGUUCGCCUGCACAAUCCGCUUCGCAUUCGAUCGAUCACACGAAUCCGCCCCAUUUCUCGACGACCUCGGACUCUGGGCACAGCACAAUCUCAUCAGCGAUGGCCUCUCCAUCAGCGAACGCCCAGCCCAGUGAAUGGAAUUCGAGCAUGAAUUUGUUCCCAGACAUUGUUCGGCAGCAUGAUGAUACUGUUUUCACGACCGGUUAUGACUACGAGACGAUGACUGUGACGGAUAAGGGAUGUGUAGAUCCGUCGCUGAUCCACCCUUUCUCUCCCCAAGUUGGCGCGCAAUACUCGUUAUCAGGACUUGCUGUGCAAUCUCCGCAAGCAAUCGCUCUCCAACACAACUCCCCACUGCCUGCACGAGUAUCGCUACAUGGCGAUCGUUCCGGGUCAGCGAAGCCACAAUCACCCCCUCAGACAUGGCAACCAUAUCCACAGCAGCACGGACGCAGACCUUCUGUGUCCUCCGUACACUCUCGACAAAGUCAACGUUCGCACACAUCAGAAGAAUCCAACAAGGGCAUGUGCCCUAUCGCAACUUGCGGCAGACACGUGAAGGACUUGAAAGCACAUAUGCUCACCCAUCAACAAGAACGACCCGAGAAGUGCCCGAUCCCAACUUGCGAAUAUUACGUCAAAGGCUUCGCCCGCAAAUACGACAAGAACCGACACACUCUGACGCACUACAAGGGGACGAUGGUCUGUGGUUUCUGCCCCGGCAGUGGAAGCGCGGCGGAGAAAAGUUUCAACCGAGCAGAUGUUUUCAAGAGACAUCUGACAUCAGUGCAUGGCGUUGAGCAAACCCCGCCCAACGCGCGGAGGAAGAGUCCUUCAUCGACAAGCAAGAAAUCCGGCACAUCAUCACGAGAAUCCUCAGGCAUGUGCUCAACAUGCGGCAACAAUUUCGCCAACGCCCAGGACUUUUACGAGCAUCUUGACGAUUGUGUUUUGCGCGUGGUCCAGCAGGCUGAACCAAGCGAAGCGAACAACGAAAAGCUACUCACAGAAAUAUCACAAGAUAAAGACUGCCAAUCGACACUGGAAAGGCAUAAUCUUCCGAUUGAAGUCGAUCUCACCGUAUCGACCAAUUACGACCAGGACGAAGAACUUGAUGACGACUGUGACGAAGACGACGCAAACGAUGGCACAUACGGGAAACGGACCGGAAAAGUCGCAAAGCGUGUAGGGAAAAAUGGCGCAAUAGUAAAAUCCGGUCCCAGAAAAGGCUUGACACUUUCGAAGAACGGUGUCGCACUCGCUGGCGCCAUGACAGGAAAGGGAUCCAAGCGAAGGAAAAAUUAUCCUUUGUCGUGGGGCGCUGCUCCUGAUAAGAUGAAGAUGAAGAAGCGAGUCCUCUGCGUUUAUGAUGGUCAACGACGGUUAUGGAAAGAUGAUAUGAUGCUUGAUGCAGAGCAUGAGGUUCGGAUUCCGCUUAACAGUGAUGAUCCGAGGGGGCCUUAUGUUACGGAUUUGGAUGUUUUGACGCUGCGAAGAGCGGAGGGGGUGUUGAAUGCUACGGAGGAAGAGAAGGGUCCUUGGGAGGAUGAGGAGGCACUUCAACGACUUAUGGAUUCAUGAAUGAGCUGGGCUCGCGAUUGAUGAGCGAUUUUACUGUUGAUGGUGUUUUGCAUAGCGAAUGAGACCCCGCAGAAUCUUUGGGAGAUUUCUGGCGAGAUGUUUGGCAAGGAUACAGCUUCUCUGUUACUUCUAGGAUGAGAUGUCUGGAGUGAUGCUGUAAUGAUGCAGCUUUGAACCAAGCCAACUUUUCGUUGCA